GUGAGUGACUGACUGAAGAAGUCAGUGUCAGGUUGCACAGAACUGAGUUGGACUCGGAGGCGAAAACGUCACGUUUCAUUUGCUCAUUUGUCACAGAUGAGAAAACGGAAGUAUUGAAACAAAACAGAGAUGUCACGUUCAAAGCCCGUUGGAAUAAUUAUCAGCGAUGUUGAGGCAGUGAUUUCUUUAGCUCCCGCAGGUGCAGUCUGUGAAGUUUGGCCUUGGCUGUCAACAACAACAGUGGCUCAGAAGGCAGUAUGGCCCCAGCUCUGACUAAAAUCCUGAAACGGGGCCAUGGCAUCCACCUGUCUUCACCUUCCUCUUCUGCCAGAGUGGACUCAAAUAGGUGGGCUGUGCUAAGUACUGAGUCUGGGUCUGACAUCAGAUUCAAAGAAGACAAUGACCCCCAGAUGAUGUGGUUGAACGUUUUGUCGUUUCCCUCUCUGGAGUCCUGCCUGCCCAUGAGCUCCCUGAAUGUCCCUGCCAAACUCAUGUUUUCCUGUCAGCAGGCAUCCGACAAUCAGUGGUUCUUCUGCAGCCCGGCUUCCCUCCUCAGCUUCCUGUCCUUCAAUGAAGAUCAGAGAAUUUCUCAUCAGGAGGUCUCCUUCUUACCAGGUGUACCAGACAUGUUUUUAGGCACUGUACCUGAGCACAAUGGCCAAGAGGCUUAUCCUCUGCAUGGCUGUGAUGCUGCUCAUGAAUGUGGACCAGAUGGUGGUGAUGUGCAUCGCUCCUCUCUUACACUUAGUGCAGUUUCUUCUUCCGAUUCCCUUGGAGAGAUUACGUCCCAGGGUUACUCUCUCUUUUUUACACCCCCACAGACAGUCUCACAGGAGGGAGCAGCCAACGUGGGCUGUGCUCUUCCAGUUGCAGUGCAGUCUUGCGGUGGCAGGUUGAAUGUUGACCAGCUGCCAUCCAGAUCUGUGCUGGAGGAGGCUGGUAGAAAGCAGCAUACUACACAAGCAGGGCUUUAUAGCCAAGCUUGGAGCAAACCAUAUUUCCUUUGGCUAGAUUUAUGCACAGCGUCAUCUUCCAACAAGGAGCUCAGAGAGACCACCUACCUUGGCCAGGCCGAGCAGAGAGGCCAGCAGGAGGCCUUGGACUAUGAGACCACAGCCAGCAGCAGCUCAGACGAUGAGUCGGAGGAGGAGAGGACUCGCAACAAAACCAUCACUUCACCUGCCAGCAGCAGCAGCUGUAGCUGUGAGAGUCGAUGGCUGGAAGAGAGAGCGGAGGUGGGCAGCAGCUGGAGCUGGUUGCAGCUGCGUUUGUCCGAGCUGGAGGGGAGGAUACAACAACUGGUGGAGCUCCACAAGCACGUCCGCUCUACCAAAGGUCAAGUGGUGCUUGCAGCAUCGACGGACAGGCUGAAUGACGCUGAAUCUUGCAGCCCCAUGCGCCUUCUUCACAACAUGGAGAAGCAGAGUGCCCAGGUGUCGAGUCUGAUUCCUCCUCUCAGCUUUUCACCGCCCGCAAAACAAGCACAGACCUGUCGAGCGGAGAGAAGCUUCAUAAGUGGUCUGAAAGGGGGCAAUGUUUUUGUGCCAAGCAGCAUCAAGAGAAGCAGAAUGGGGACCACAAGGCUGUACAAGACUGACGUAUCAAGGGGUUGUGCCCGAACCCGACCUUUGUUAUUUUGCCAAAAGCCCAAGCUGUUCAACAUCUACAGCCCUGAUAGUCAACAGGACUCACUCUCCUCGUCUUCAUGUUCUUGUUCCUCCUGUGAUCCUGUCGUCCUCUGUUCUGAUCAUGAUGUCAGCUCCAGCUCGGCCAUGUCCCUGAGGAAGCACAGUUCCGGACCUCACCAUGUGUUGUCACCUUUAUUUGACACUCCACUGGCCCACGACUUACAGAGAACCUUUGCUGGAGAAGAAUGGUCCCAAAGGCCAUUAGUUAUCAAUGCCCAUUCAUCAGCUCCAGCCCUCCACCAUAGAUGUGAAUCCACACCACUGCACAACAGUCAUAAGCACAGGCAGCAUGCGAGGCAUCGUAAAAGCAGAGAUAUUGGUCUGUCCAUCAUCAGGAGUCGACGCAGAAGAGCUAAUCACAGGAAGAGGAGGCAAAGACGCAUCCGGAUGCUGAUAAAAGAUGAAGAUGAUGACGAUCAGUACCAGCCGUGGGAGCUUGAGGAAUUUUCAGAUGGAGUGCUUGAGGAAAGCUACACACAGUUUUCACACAAGCAGACCUCUCAAGGCUCUAUUGUCAAAUGCCAUGGAGUGACUGUGUGUAGCAUCAAUGACAUCGUCAUUCCCAGCUCACUGACUAAAGUGAAAAAGCUGCAGUACAAAGACAUCCUCACACCUCGGUGGAGAGUGGUGUCCACCCAGUCUCUUAUGGAGCACCAGGCGGACGAUGAGGACGGACAGGUCGAAGAUCUCUGUGAUGAAGUCUUUGGUCAGAGGCACAUGGCUUUGGAGCACUGGGAGAGUAUGCGCUGGUCUUCCUGGGGAAAGAGAAAACGCUGCAGGCGUUCCACAAGCAGGCUGUGUGACAAUGGGGUCGGGAUGUGUACGUCAGGAGAGGAGAGCUCUGCGGAGUGGAGUGGUGCUCAGCUGGAAAAUGGUGAACAGCCGAGCUCAGAGGAGUGGCUGCCUCAGACUCCUUGGAAACCACGACUGUUUCCUUUGGAUGAGGAAGAGGAAGAAGCUCUCCUCUGUGAUAGAGCAGAAAACAUUCCCUCAUGUUGGUCAUGGUCUGGUUCUGUCUCCUGCUCAUCAAUGAACUCUUAACUCCCGCCUCUCCCCAGCUUGGUCCUCAGGCACUAUGCUGCCCCCUGGUGCACAUAGCAGGAACAGCUUAGGGAACGGUGCCUUAUUAUUAUUAUUACCCUCUCAUGUGAAAAAUUUCCCAUUUUUAAUAUAUUUUUGAAUAUUGUGUUGUAGUUUUAAGAGACUGCUGUUGCUCACUUUCAGGUUUUAACCAAAUGUAUAUCUAUAAAAAAAUGUAUAUAUCGGCAUUACUGACCUGUUUUUUCCAGGUUUGUUAAUUCUUUGUAGUUGUUACUAACUUUUACAUAUACACGCUAACUUGGAAUAACAUGAGUAAAUGUAAACAUUACAACUUUGGCCAUCAGUGUUUUUUUUUUUAUUUUGGUUUUCCACAUUCUGAUUCACAUUCACAGAGUCACCCACACACAGCACAGGAGCCGAAA